ACAGCACGUGAGAAGGAAGAAGCAGAGGCGAAAGAACUUCAACGUCAAUCGGCUUCAGCUCCUAAAAGUUCACGUAUUGUAAUUCCUGGCAAAAGAGAACCCGGAACACCCAUAAAAAAGCGACGUUUAGGCAUCUGA